GUAAGUCAACUGCAGCAGCCUUGUGCGGCGCCGAGGCCGCCCUUGUACGCACCGUUAUCUGCUCCACGAGCCACAAUGCGUUCGAUUGCAGCAAAAUGCUGCACCUCGUCACUUCCAAUCUCGUGCCUUCUAGCAGGAAACGCUCAGCUAGGAAAGCCAGCGUCGUCUUUGGUGUACGUGCUACUGCAUGGAACGACAGGGUGGUCCACCUUCAUGUUCUUCGAUGUGCUGCUUCAACUUGGGUUCGUCCUCAAACGCCGUGGCUUGAGCCCGAACCGCUUCUUCACGUGCUGCACCGCGUCCCGUCGUGCCAUCCAUGACCUGGCUGAACCUCAUCUCGCGCAGAGCCACCAAGUUGACUCUGACGGCGAGUUGGAAUUCCGCAGGAGUAGCCGAGGUGGUGGAACGUGGCUGCAUCUCUUCGACGCCAGCCAACUCGUUCGCGUUGUGUUUGUCCAGGAUGUCUUUCGUCAAAUGUGUCUUGCUUGUGAUCAAUAAACCAUGGCAGGGGUUUGGGCUGCAGGGUUUAUUCUGAGAGUCCGCGACGGCUGA